GAUGCAUUUGAAAGCAAAUAGCAGAAGCUGUAAAACAGUAUAAAAGACCUCAGAGGGAAGACAGCACUGAUGAAACAGUGAACCAACAACCAUGAGUUCUGGCAUCAGUUUGGCUCUUCUUCUGCUCUCUGCAACUGUUGUGAGGUCACAGAUGUCUCUGGACAUUCAAAAUGCAGAGGAGGAUUUUCCUCUCCAGUUAAAACAUGAUGUAAAGGAAAGGGCAGACCACCAUACAGAGGAGGGAGCAUUUCCAGGUUCCUGUCCUGCCUGUGAGUACAUUGUGCCCAUAGUAAAGAAGAAGCUGGGCAAUGACAAUUCAAAGGCAAAAAUCCGAGAUGAGCUGAACAAGAUCUGCAAGUCAAUAAAAAAUAUCUUCAAAUCUGUCUGCAAGGUAAUCACCAAGAGUUUCGAAGACAUACUGAUUGAUGCCUUGUCCAAGAAAGAAUCUCCCAGAAACAUAUGUGUCCAAAUAAAACUCUGCAAGAAGAGUUAACAGAUGGUAUACUGUCUACAGAUGGUACAUAUUGUGUCUGUACCACACAAUCUAUCAAAGAAAAAAACAAAAAACUUGAAUUUCCCUCAGGAUCAGUAAAGUAUCUAUCUAUCUAUCUAUGUAUGAACUCAGGUUUACCUGUAAUGCUUCUGUUCCUUGGUAUAUUUGGUCUAACCUUUAACUUCACAAUAAAGUUGUUCUGAAAUGGUUGUACUUCAAAA